AUGCUUUCACCCCUCUCUUUCUUUCUCUUUCUCUCUUUUUCUCUUUCUUUCUCUUUUUCUCUUUCUUUCUCUGACUCCUUUUCUUUCUUUCUUUCUUCAUCUCUUCUCUCUGUUUUCUACUCAGUCUUUUCCACGUUUUUUCUUCUCUUUCUCUUAUUAUUUGUCAACCUUUCAAUUACGACAUUUUAUUAUCAAAUACAUGGUUAUGCAAACGCACAGCUCUCUCUCUCUCUCUCUCCCCUCCCUUUCUCAUUUUCUCUCUCUCUCUCUCUCUCUCUCUUUCUCUCUUUCUCAUUUUCUCUCUCUCUCUCUCUCUCUCUCUCUCUAUCUUUCUCUCUUUUUAGAUUGAUUAUCUAUCUAUCUAUCUAUCUAUCUAUCUAUCUAUCUAUCUAUCUAUCUCAAAAUGAUAAUUCUCUUAAACCCAAUCUAUCUAUCUACAUUCGUUUCGUUUCGUAUCUAUCUAUCUAUCUAUCUAUCUAUCUAUCUAUCUAUCUAUCUAUCUAUCUAUCUCAUUCUGUUCGUAUCUAUCUCAUUCUGUUCCUAUCUAUCUAUCUAUCUAUCUAUCUAUCUAUCUAUCUAUCUAUCUAUCUAUCUAUCUCAUUUUGUUCGUAUCUAUCUAUCUAUCUAUCUAUCUAUCUAUCUAUCUAUCUCAUUCUGUUCGUACCUCUCUCUCUAUCUCAUUCUGUUCGUAUCUAUCUAUGUAUCGGCCUUGUGCCACAUUCGAUCCCCGUGGGUGGAUUGAUAAAUACCAUCUAUCUAUGUAUCUAUCUCAUACUGUUCGUAUCUUAUUCUGUUCGUAUCUAUCUAUCUAUCUAUCUAUCUAUCUAUCUAUCUAUCUAUCUAUCUAUCUAUAUCUAUCUAUCUAUCUAUCUAUCUAUCUAUCUAUCUAUCUAUUCUCCGAUGAUAUUUUCAAACAAUAAAAGAAAAUGA